AUGUCUCGAAUCACGCUUAUUGAUUUACUUCCAAGCGACAUCCAAGAAAGCUCACGACACCUUCUUCGUUUGCUGACACACAAAUUUCAAAACAAGACAGAAUUCUCUUUGAAUUUCCGAAAAGUAGACACUCCUGCUACGGAAAAGGGAGAUUAUUUGUCCGGCGAAAUACACCUAUCAUACGGAUGCAAUUGCCUGUUAAUUUUAAACAAUGAUCAUUUAUUCAUUUUCGAUCUCACUCGCAAAAAUUUAUUGGCAAAAUAUGACACAAAACAUAAUUGGGAUUGUAUAGAUGUUGAAGAAGAUGUCACCUUUGGAAGAGAACCAGGCGGAAGAGAUUCCAUCAUUGUUUCGUUUACCAUGAAUCGUCAAUAUAUUUUGCAGAAAUUCGAUUUACAUCAAUUCAUCGAUGCUAUUUUGAAGAAUACAGAUCCAUUAGAGUUAUCUGCAUUUCAUUGGACGUCCACUCUCACCACACAGGUGAGGGGAAUGUGUAUUGAGAACUCGAAUUCCUCUCCUGCCUACAUUUAUAUUCAUGAUACUGAAUGUAUUUCCAUUGUGAACUCUACCAAUGGUCAGUUCUUGGGACAGCUUCCAUUUUACAAUGCUACCAGUAGUAUACCAUUUACAUUUCCUUCCAUAGCAAGAUGUGCUUUUCAUAAUCAAUAUUUAUACGUUUCUGACAACAGUAAUCACAAGAUUUAUAUUCUGAAAAAAGAACAGAAAGCCAACAUGGAUGAGCAACAACAUUCAAGCGCGUUUCGCUUACAAGGAACAAUUAAAAGGCAAACAAAUAAGGGAAUUAAUUAUUGCUCACCUACCGAUGUGUGUAUUGAGGAGAGUAAUGGACGGAUAUUUGUAUGUACUGUUGUCAGUGAAAAGGACGACUAUGGUAAAGUCAUGGUGUUUUCACAGGAAGGAAAAACAUUGUUGAGAGAAGAAUAUAUUGAAAAAUUGAGACAUAUAUGCUUGAACCGUGUUACGAAUGAGCUGAUUGCUUGUUGUGGCAGAAAGAUUGAAGUUUUCAAAUAG